GGUAGCCUACUUUUUCCUCGGUGUGGGAAAAAGUAGGUGGUGGCUCGUGACCAGAAGUAGUUAUUUCUAAUCCGCAACUUGGCAUGAGACGCUACUUGUUAACAAUGUGUCAUUUAGUAAAGCUAGGAUUCAUUUAAACGUACUCACUAAGCCAUCACUGUGUUCAUUUCAUAUUCAUCUUAUAUCGGUAAAAGCUGGAUACUUCAGUCUGACUCAUUUUAAUCGCAACAGUAUCGGGUCUGCACUCCACUGGAGGCAACAAGUCUCCAAGUGUUACUUUAUGCUGCUAAGCGGCUCUGCUGCGGUAACAUAGGGCGUUGUACCUCUGCUAAAGGUUCCAAAGAUUGCGUUUGAGAAGCGAUUGAAACUUUGCGUUCGGCGACACAGGUCAAGCUAUUUUGUGGUAUGGCUGCCAUCCGGAAGAAGUUGGUGAUCGUGGGUGAUGGAGCGUGUGGAAAGACCUGUCUCCUCAUCGUCUUCAGCAAGGACCAGUUCCCAGAGGUGUACGUGCCCACCGUCUUUGAGAACUACAUCGCUGACAUCGAAGUGGAUGGCAAGCAGGUGGAGCUGGCGUUGUGGGAUACAGCAGGACAGGAAGACUAUGACAGGCUGAGGCCCCUCUCCUACCCCGAUACAGACGUCAUCCUCAUGUGCUUCUCCAUUGACAGCCCUGACAGUUUAGAGAAUAUUCCGGAGAAGUGGACUCCUGAGGUGAAGCACUUCUGCCCCAACGUCCCCAUCAUCCUCGUGGGGAACAAGAAGGACCUGAGGAACGACGAGCACACGCGACGGGAGCUGGCCAAGAUGAAACAGGAGCCGGUGAAGCCAGAGGAGGGCCGGGAUAUGGCCAACCGCAUCAGCGCCUUCGGCUACCUGGAGUGCUCGGCCAAGACCAAGGAUGGCGUGCGUGACGUCUUCGAGAUGGCCACAAGGGCGGCGCUGCAGGUGCGCAAGCGCAAGAAGAGGAGUGGAUGCCUCCUGUUGUGAGGAGGGGGAAUCCCUGCGGUUGUAACUCCCCUCACCUCCCCUAUAUCCUCGAUAUAUAUACCCCACCUCUUCACCAUAUCCGUGCACCACCAACUGACAGAAGACGAAAAAGAAAAAAAUGAAAGAAAGAAAAAUGGAAGAAACGCAGGAGAGGUCUUUACCAAACAGCAUCCUUGUACUGUAUUUCACAUUUCACGCCAACCAGAGGAGGACCAUGAGCGCAAGUGCAAGAAAAAAGUAAACAAAAAAAACAUGCAUUUAUAAAAUAAAAAAAGCAACCCAGACUGGGCUGUAGCACAGAUUAGAUAUAAAAUGUUCCUCUUUUUUUGCCUUGAUUUAUUUCUCUCUGUCAGCACAAUGGGUCUUUGUGUUUUUAUGUUCGGUGUGCAGUAAGGAAAAGGUAGUUGGUGUCUCUGUGUCGGUACCCUGGUCUUUCCCCCUCGUCAUUGUGAAAUAUGGACUUUCAUUGUCACAGGCCAAAGGACCACUCCCACCUAUCUCACACACACCCAGCUGAUAUUAAACUCAACAGUAUGGACUUCAGUUGUCAUCAUAUUUCAGUCUGAGGGUUAAUCAGUAGAUUCAGUGCCUUUUGGGUGCACAAGUUGAAGUAUCUUUUCACUCAGGAGGAAAUCAGCCUCUUUUUAACAUACUUUGUUCACUGGUAGUGUAGCUGGGCCUUCUCCUGUUUCUUCUCCACACAGUAGUGCAAAUGGUGCUGCCGACUGUUGGUCACUGAAAAAAUCGGAUCUGACCCCCCCCAACCCCAACCCCCCGACCUGAUUCUUCUCAUGUUUUAACUUUGAAAUAUCUGGCCACCAGUGCAAGGUAAAGGUCAGGUUGAGGUCUAAUAUUCCCACAGAGGAGAAACCGAGAACAGUUGGCAGAUCGAUGCAGAAACUGUCAGGGAUGACUGAACUUCUCCUGAUUUAGCUGUGCGCCAGUGCCCGCGCUACCUGCCUACCUAUCUGCCCACCUGCGUGCCGCUAACCCCUGCGCCCGCUGAAAGGCCAGGGAUGGACUGCUUGGCUCAGUCACAUGAAACUACUAUGCAGAGAGGCCAAACGGCGUCCAUGUCAGUGUUCGCCACUACUACCAGAGUCAAAGUGGCCUCAGAGAGUCUGCCUCCUCUGUCCCUGUUACUCCGCAGGUUUAAAGAAUGUCUAUGUGUGGGCCGAGGAGCUGUGCAGUCAGGACCGGUGGAGCCUGUCCCCACGCCCUCACGCAGGGCUCUCACACAGGGCCCUCACACGAGGCCUUCAGGGCUUUGACGGCAGUUCAGAGAGACGGAGAACAGCAGGGAUGUCAGGUGGUGGUUGCUCAGUGCCUUCGCGAUGUGAUUGAUAGGCGACCUGCGUGCCUUCUGUUCCACGGUAGAGAUCACAGACUAGAUUACUAGAUGCUAAAUUAGUACACAGAUUCAGAUAGCUGCUCAGCGUGUCGGUCAGAAGCACAUUGCUGUGAAAGAACCAUGUUUUAUAUGAAAUGGCUUUGUGUUGGUUGAGAGUUCUCUGCGAGACCAUGACUAGGCGAAGAAAUCUCCAGAAGCCGGUGAAGAUUCACCAUCUCUAUUGCUUUGGGGGGAUUUCCACAGAGGUGUUUGUUGCUGGUGGCAAAAUGGUUGGAAUGUUGUCAGAUUCAGGCAACAAGAGAAGCAGAUGGGUAGAGCAAUCAGAGAACACACGUUUCCCCACCUUUUACUCUGCCAGUUUGUUCUACUCCGUCACUGUCGCCACAGUUUGUCCUCAUUCGGAUUAAAAAACACUUAAUCGAGGAAUAAUGCCCCAAGAUUAAACUUUCCACAACGCAUCGCACAAGGUCAGUGGCAUUUAGAUGACCUUCCCCAGGUAUUUGGGUUGACCUUAGCUGUUGCUUGUGCUGUGUCGUUUGUGUUGAUGAAUGUGCCACCACUAGAGCAGCGAGCGUGAUUGUAAUGAAGGGGGACUUCAGCGUUUGAUGAAUUGACCUCUACGAGCCGUAAUUUACCAAACCGUGGUGGGCUCUGGAACUAAUCGGGCCCCAAUCCGGCCCGGAUUCAACGGUUUCCAGAGUCGGCUUCUAUCUGGGUUUACUGCUAUGCCUAUUAAUCAUGUGCUCUUUUCACGUGUGCAUGACAUUUCCUCAUAGGCCAAAGGAGUGUACGAGAGCAAGCAAUGCAAGAUCCCUGUGUGUGACUGAGAUUAGAACACAGAUACUCUCUCUAUAUCUAUCCAGUUCAGGCUUCAGCCUUGAGUCUCUGAGGGGUGUCGCCUCUUUGUUGCUUGAGUGCAGGAAUUCUCCUGAGUGUGUCUCCCAGGGCAAAGCUAAUGACACUUAGCAGAAACACACCUCCUUUUGUUUACGCUCUCGGUCAGACAGCAGUGCGAAGUGUCCCCAGCUCCCUGAAACCAGGCUAAGAGUGUAUUAGAUUACAGUGUUGCUAAAGCAGAGGUGUAUUUGUGUGUGUCGUGUGGGUGCGUGUGUGAGCUAGUCACAUGAUCCCUUCUCUCGUCUGGCAUGUGAUCUUUACGAGAUGGUGGUGAUUACCAAUGCGAUUACCAGUAAAGAUGACUAAGGUGUGGGAGUGACACCUGUUCUGAUUGGUUGGUUGGUUGGUUGGUUGGUUGGUUGGCUGGGUUACAAUGUCAUGUGACACCCCACACACACACACACACAACUGUGUUUGGAUAAGUGUACGCCCUCUGUGGGUAAGGUGAGGUCUGUGUAAGAUCCACAGGUCGUCCUCGGCUCACUGGAACCCCUUUGAUUUGGCUGACUCCUGCAGCAAAACGAGUCCCCAUCUCCUUUUAAUAUACUCAAGAAUGUCUUUGCGGUCCACGUGUGUGUUGUGGUUUGAUGGUAUCAGAGAACAACUAAAUGCCAUUGUCAUGUUAUUACCUCUUGUUGUGGGUGGGGACUGUGGUUCCCCGGCCUGAACACCAUUUAUCUUGGAAAGGCAACGUCACACAGCUUGCUUUGCACACAGACAGACAGACAGACAGACAGACUGUAGGAUGGACCAUGUAACCAUUCCCCCAUGUUUACAACUUGCCAAGGAAUUCUGGGUAAUCAGGAAGGGUAUGAUGGAAGCACACAGGUGAACAGCACAAUGAUACCACAGUAUGUAACAGCAUAAACCCCUCAUAGUAGAAAAGACCCAAAUACAUAUCGGAUGAAGCCGUGGUAAAAUCCCAACAGCAUGACCAUUGGUUGUGUUUUAUUCUUCAUGCUUGGGGGUCGACCUCGCCCCCUUGUGUCAGAAACGCACUAGCUAUAAUAACCAUAUAUAAUAAAUAAUAACCAGACCUGUAAAACACCAAUGUCAACAUGACCCUUCACAGCCUCCAUCUCUUCCAUGGGAACAAGUCCUGCUAAGUGUUUUUUUUUCUUUUCUUUGUUAUCUUCCUUUUUUCUGGAAGUAUUAAAAGACACGAUUAUCCAGAUUUAUACAAAAGCUCAUUGUUCUAAUGCUUUGUAAACCGAACUAGUGCUGUAGUGGAUGUUUUGAUUUAAGUGAAACCAACCAAUGUUAAUAAACUAUUUUUGAGAGAAGAAAA